UUGAGAUGGAGUGUGAGAAGAGAGACUCAAAAAUGGGGAAGGAAAUGAGAGCAGAGAGACUCCAUUGUUUGGUUGUUCCAUUCCCAACCCAAGGUCACAUAAACCCUAUGCUCCAAUUCUCCAAGCGCCUGCAACACAAAGGCAUAAACAUCACUCUUGCCCCAACACUUUUCAUAUUCAACAACACCCUUAAAGGAAGUUACACUGCUUCUUCUUCCAUCUCCAUUCACCCCAUCUCCGAUGGCCACGAUCAAGGCGGCUUUGCUGCAGCAGACAACAAAGAGGAGUACUUGGAAGCCUACAAGGAAGUCGGGUCGAGAACCUUGGGGGAGUUGAUUGGCGAGCUAAAGAGCAAAGGGGCACCAGUGCAUUGCGUUAUUUAUGACGCUUUCAUGCCUUGGGUUCUUGAUGUGGCGAAGCGGUUUGGUUUGCUGGGAGGUGCUUUCUUCACGAUGUCGUGUGCAGUGGGGAAUAUCUGCUGUCAUGUGAACCAGGGAGAGCUUAAGCUUCCAUUGAUGGAAGGGAGUGGUGAGAUAUCGCUGCCUGGAGUGACACCAUUGCAGCCUGCAGAUUUCCCGUCUUUCAUUUCUGAUUUCGGGUCUUAUCCAGCUUUCUUGAAAAUGCUUGUGGAUCAGUUCUCUAAUGUCAAGAAUGCAGACUGGAUCUUCUGCAAUACCAUAUAUGAAUUGGAGGAAAAGGGAGUGGAAUGGGCAGGAAAGCAAUUGCCAUUGAAGACAAUUGGCCCAACCAUACCUUCAAUGUAUGCUGACAAGAGGCUGGAGAAUGACAAAUCAUAUGGUCUAAGCAUGUUCCAGCCAGAAACCGAUAUCUGCAUGAAAUGGCUUAGCGAACGGGCCGAUGGAUCAGUGGUGUAUGUGUCCUUCGGGAGUAUGGCCGAGGUGAAGGAGGAGCAAAUGGAAGAGCUAGCCUCGGGUUUGAAGGCGAGCAACUACCCCUACUUGUGGGUGGUGAGGGCGUCGGAAGAGGCUAAACUUCCCAGAAACUUUGCUGCGGAGAAGGGGUUAGUGGUGACCUGGUGCCCACAGCUAGAUGUUCUAUCACACGACGCAAUAGGGUGCUUCGUGACACACUGUGGAUGGAACUCGACUCUGGAGGCGUUGAGCUUAGGGGUGGCUAUGGUGGCCAUUCCCGUGUGGACUGAUCAGAGCACAAACGCAAAGUAUGUAAGCAGUGUCUGGGGAACCGGGCUCAGGGCUCACCCCGACAAUGAGGGUAUUGUCAGAAAAGGCGAGGUGGAGAGAUGUCUAAGAGAGGUGAUGGAGGGAGAUCAAGGCAAGAAGAUCAAAAGAAAUACUACCAAAUGGAAGGAAACAAUACGAAAGGCUAGCGAUGAAGAUGGCAGUUCAGAUAGAAAUAUUAACGAAUUCAUUGCUAAACUGUCUCAAUCUUAAGCAGAUCAGAGAAUCUCUGCUGCAAAAUGUUCAUGACUGUAAGAUCACAAAAAUGUUUUAUUGUAAGCAAUAAAUUGGAAAAGUUGUCUGUUCAGUUA